AUGUCAACCGCCUUAAAAAUAAAAAAAGGGGGCUCUAGAGAUGAGAUAUCUGAAAAGUCACAUAACAAUAGCUCAGCAAACCUCUCUAAGAAUGACAACAAUGCCAUGGAUACUGACGAUAUAGAUGAAGAAGAUGAAUCAGGUCAAAACAUCAUUUUAAAUAUUAUCUCCCAAUUGAGACCUGGUUCCGACUUAUCAAGAAUUACAUUACCAACGUUCAUUCUUGAAAAAAAAUCUAUGUUAGAAAGAAUCACAAAUCAAUUACAAUUCCCUGAUGUGUUACUAGCAGCUCAUGAUGAAAAAGACCCACUAGAAAGAUUUGUGAAAGUUUGUGCUUGGUAUCUCGCUGGUUGGCACAUUGCUCCAAAAGCCGUCAAGAAACCAUUGAAUCCAGUUCUGGGUGAACACUUUACUGCUUAUUGGAAUUUACCAAAUAAACAGCAGGCAUUUUAUAUUUCUGAACAAACCAGCCAUCAUCCACCUGAAUCAGCCUAUUUCUACAUGAUUCCCGAAUCUAAUAUUAGAGUUGAUGGUGUGUGUAUUCCAAAAUCUAGAUUUUUGGGUAAUUCGUCUGCUGCAAUGAUGGAAGGUUUAACUCAGUUACAAUUUUUGGAUAUCAAAGAUUCCAAGGGUAACCCUGAAAGAUAUACAUUAUCUCAACCAAAUGUUUAUGCUAGAGGUAUUUUAUUCGGUAAAAUGAGAGUUGAAUUAGGCGAUCAUAUGAUUAUUAAAGGUCCAACCUAUCAAGCUGAUAUUGAGUUUAAAACAAAGGGGUUUAUUUCAGGUACUUAUGAUGCAAUUGAAGGUGUUAUCAAAGAUUAUUCAGGCAAGUCCAUCUGUGAGAUUUCAGGUAAAUGGAAUGAUAUCAUGUAUAUUAAAUAUCUAAAAGAAAAGCAUUCAAAGAAGACAGUAUUAUUUGACACCCACAAAAGUUCACCACUAAAACCUUUAGUACGUCCAUUAAAUGAACAAGGUGAUUAUGAAUCAAGAAGACUAUGGAAGAAGGUCACUGAUGCUCUUGCUCAACGUGAUCAUAAGGUAGCAACAGAAGAAAAGUAUCAAAUUGAAAAUUACCAGAGAGAACUAGCUAAGAAGCGUGUCGAAGAUGGUGUCGAAUUUCAUCCUAAAUUAUUCAGAAAGUCCAAACCUGGUGAAGAUGUAGAUUGGAUGAUCUUCAAACACAUACCUGAAAAUGCUAGCCAUGAAGACCAGAUUAGAAAUAUUUUGGAGCUUGUUCCAAUUUUACCUGGUCAACAAUUUACUGAAAAGUUUUCCAUUCCAGCUUAUAAGAAACAUGAAAUACAAAAAAAGGAACAUAAUGUGUGA